AAAUGUUACAAUAUAUACAAAGACUCCCAAAUACUUAUAGUUAAUAAAUCACGGAUAAUUUGUGUUUUUUUUCUAGAUGACUCUACUCGAGUGAAGCUGUCGUACCUGGAGGACGACCCCUGCUCGGAUUACAUCAAUGCCAGCUACAUACCUGGUAAUAACUACCGCCGGGAGUACAUCGCCACCCAGGGCCCGCUGCCCGGCACUAAGGACGAUUUUUGGCGAAUGGUGUGGGAGCACGGCGUCUACAACGUCGUCAUGGUGACGCAGUGUGUAGAGAAAGGACGGGUGAAGUGUGAUCAGUAUUGGCCUGCAGACAGAGAGCCGCUGUACUACGGGGACCACGUCAUUCAGAUGCUGUCUGAGUCCGUCCUGCCCGAGUGGACCAUCAGAGAGUUUAAAAUCACCUCGGAGAGCGGCUGCACUUACCCCCGGGUGGUGCGUCACUUCCACUACACUGUGUGGCCCGAUCACGGAGUCCCAGAGAGCACCCAGUCCCUGAUCCAGUUCGUCAGGACUGUCCGGGACUACGUGGACAGAUCACCCACCACUGGAGCCACCAUCGUGCACUGCAGUGCUGGUGUUGGCCGUACGGGGACGUUUAUCGCCUUGGAUCGGGUUCUGCAGCAGUUGGACUCUAAAGGAACCAUCGACCUGUACGGCUGUGUGUUCGACCUUCGCCUGCACCGCCAACACAUGGUCCAGACUGAGUGCCAGUACGCCUUCCUGCAUCAGUGUGUGAGGGACGUCCUGAGAGCCAGGAAACACCGCAGUGAGCAGGAGAACCCGCUCUACCCCAUCUACGAAAACUUCAACCCCGAGUACUGCCGCGAUUUCAUCUACAACGGACGCUGAAGAGGCGAAGACGUCGAUCUGAUCAAAAGAAAAGAAAAGUUGCUCAUUCUCACAUCAUCGAAAAAUGAGUUAACAGACAACAUUAGCGGCACAUCAAAUUAAAAAAAAUAUACGACAAAUAAAUGAUAUGAGAGAUUAUCGUCGUCCCUGCUUUUAUAUAAGGUUCUUCACUUAUUUCCAAUUAUGAGUUUAUGGAAGUUUAAUACCGACUAAACUACAAGAAAUAAACUGAAGUUUCAACAAUCUGUGACUCCAAUUUUUGAAUAGAAAACAUAUUUUAUUUAAAAGGACCUUAACAUGUUUGCUGGGAAGCUUUUUAUUAACUACACCCAAUUUUUAAUUUUUUUUUUUUUUUUUUUUUUUUUACCUGUUUUCAAAAUUAAGUGUCCCAACAAGAGUUUAAAAAUAAUGUUGGAGAUGGUGGAGUGUUACAGGGAAACACGGGUUGAUCUCAGGUCGUUAGUGGUUACUGAAGAAAACAUCUGAUGUUAACUAACUGGUUGUAUCCUUAGUAUAACUGACCAAUCACAGGGAAGGAAAGAGCCAUCUAUUUUUUCUAUUAUAACUGUAUGUUCUCACUCUGCUCCAUAUAAGCUGUUUAUUUAAAAAGUUACACGUAUUGCUGUAUGUAAAUAUUGAUGUAAUACUCUUUUUUUUUUAAUAUAAAUAUAUGUUAACGGAUAUAUACUGUAUGUCAGCUAUUUCUAUGCUGUGUAAUACUGAGAUACUUCCAGUGUCAUUCACGAAAUCAAAUGUGUCAAGUAGCAGCGAGAAAGUAUAACCUGCCGUAUUCAGACUUUCAGUCAUUGUAACAUUUUAUUUCUAAAAAUACAAAAACAAAAAUACAUACAAUCAUAUUAUUCCAUAAAGUAACUGAUAAACUGUCUAAACUUAUAUUGUACUGUACUUAUAAUAUAUUAAAUAAAAGUCUGAAUACAAGGCAGAAAGUCCCCUUUUUCCUUUUUUUAAUGACUGGAGUUAAGAUACUGGGAUUUUUUAAAAAAAAUCUUUUUUUGUGAAAUCUUUGAAGAAUUUGUUACGUUUUUGUGAAAAUAUUUGGGAAAUGUUUAUGAUCACAUUAGUCUCUGAACAAAGUAAUUCUGAUUUUGUGUUUUUAGAUUUUAAAACUAUGACAUUGCAAUGCAAAUAUUAUUAAAUAUUUGGUGAACCCUGUUUUCUUUCUGUUUGUCUCAACUGCUGGAGGAUUUUUAAAUGAUUUCUGCUCAUAUAAGAUGUGUGUUAUGGAUUUAUUUCUAAGGAUAUAAUGAUCUUUUUUUUAAUCAUUGAGGAAUGUAGGACUGGACAGUUAUUCUGUAUUAUUAUAAUGUGAUCUUAUAAUUUUUUUUUUAAGAUUAGCAAAAUUAAUUUGAUUGUAUUAUGUAUUGUUUUAGAAUAAAUGUGUAAUAUUAACAUAGAUUAACAUUCAUAUCAACAAUAUAUUUUAUUGAUAUGAAAUCCAGCCCUGUGAUGAGAAUGUAACGCAGUUUUUAAAGACUUGCUGUAAGAUCACUGUUAACUGGAUUAUUAAAUGAUAAUUAAAAAUAGCUGCCAAAUUA